AAUAAGUUUUUUUUUUCAUUCUCAUUCGAUAACCAAUAAAAUUCUUCCAAAAAUAAAACACCAAAACAUCAUAAAAAAAAAUCAUUUAAAAUGCACUUCAAUGAGUCCAAAAAUAGCUCCACUUAACCAAAGUUAAUAUAAAACCCCUUAAAAAAAAAAAAAAACCUCUCUCAAAUUCACCUCUUUUGAACUUAAACAUUCUUUCAAUAUCUUUCCAUCCCAGGAUUGAUCUUAUAGUUUUUCACCACUCCAAAAGAGUCUCUCUCGCCAGUCUCAAACAGUGAUUCCAAUCCGAAGUUGAAACAAAACAAAAAGAAAUAAAAUAUACAACUCUCAUGCGAUUUAUUUAAGUUGUUUUAUAUGUUGUUUAUAAUAUACCUACAACAACCUCAAAUUCAAAGCUUAGAGCUCGAUGGCUCCACAUUGCCAAUAGUAUCUCAUGACUUUUCAGUUGAAUUGAAUCUUUCAAGCCGUGCGCACAUAAAACCGCGUCCAGUUGCCUCGUCGAUCGUCGUCGUUUGUUUGUUGAUGCUGCCUUUCUUACCGCACCAACAACGUCGCAUCAAAUCGGCAAAUAACUCGUUUUUCUAUCAUGAAUUUUUAUCACAACAACAAAAGUUGUUGUUGUUGUUGUUGUUGACUUGGGUGCAUCCAAACUAAUAGCUCGUAGAAGUAUCUUUCUUCUUCAACAAAACAUAGACGAAAGCAAAGAAAAAAGUAUUUUUCUUGAAAAAAAGAUACUUCUUGACGAUGAGAUAAUUCCCCGGUGUUGGGUUGUGCGUGGUUCAAUCUUAUUGCGCUAGUUUGUUGCUUUUGCAAAAGUUAUACUCUCGAUGUGCAAGCCUUCGACUCGACUCGACGGAUGCUCAUACAACAACUUGCUUCCCAAAUACGCAUUCGUGCGCAAGGCCGUUUUGAAAACAUUUCGGUUACGGUUAGUCGGGCGAUUUGGAUGAAGAUUUUUUACUACUUUUUUCUUCUUCUUUAAAGUUUGCCAGAUCUUUAAAAAGGUUUUAGAAACUUAUUGAAGAUGCAAAAUAUGUGUUGAAUCUUUGAAAAAAAAAGAUACAAAGAAACCUGUAAUUCUAAUUACAAUAAAAAAGUAUCUUUGAAGUUUAAAUUAAUGCGUUGGUGUUAACUUGAAGUUAGUUUGCCAGUGUGCAUAGUUUAUAAAUAAGAAAAAAAAGUGCGGCUAGUUGAAUAGUUGUUCGUUUAGUUUGUUUGGUCUAUUCUGGACCAAAUGGUGUAUAUUUUUUCUUCAUUUUUUUGAUAUAACUGACAAAGUGGUUCUACCACUUUGGUUAAAGCCAAGAAAUCCGUUUACAUCUAUCGUGUGUUGUUUGGGUUUAUUUAUUUUUUUUUGUCUUGUAUCUUGAGUGCUAAUAAAAUAUCUAUGUGUCUUUAAUCCGUCGAAGAGAUGGAAAUUAGAAAGAAUCGAAAGAAAAAAUAGAAAUAAUUUUGAUUGAAAACUAUGACAAAGCCACGAAUCAACAUUAAGAACGAGGAGAGGACUUGAAGACGAAGAAGAAGUAUACACACUCGGAUUAUGUAUGCUUCUUUUAAUUGGCGGCACAUUUUAUUGGAUUUAUUAAUAUUAUUCAUUGCCAGAUAGCAAAAAAACAUUAAAAAUGUCGAACAAAAAAAGACUUAAACUAUACAAUGUAAAAAAUUUAAUUAAAAUAACAAUUUUACAUAAAAGUGAUUUAAGAUAAAAAAAAAAAGUGUUUAAGCAAAACAAACAAAAAUUAAUAAUAAUAACAGUGAUUAGUUUAUUUUUCACAUAAAAAAAAAAAAUUAUAAUGAAACCACUGACAUUCGAGUCAAUACGAAACUUUCUUCGUACAAAAAAGAAAGGCAAGGAUAAAGAUGGCAUCGGUGGCGGAAUUAUGGAUGCAAGUUUCAAGCGUAGCGAUUCAUUCAAGCGCAUCAGCAUCCGAAAGAGUUAUUUAGAUCGGGGUCGAAAAAGAGCUGCGUUACGCGCCAAAGCAAUUGGCGCUAAUACAGGCAGUAGUUUAAGUGGCAGUGGUGGUAGUAGUAGUAGCAAUCAUCAUCAUCAUCAUCAACAUUGUUCGCCAACAACAAGUAGUGGAACAAUUGUUGAAGAGCUUGAAGCAAAUCCAAUUUUCAAAUUAGAUCGAAAAAAUGAUGACUAUUAUCAUCAUCAUCAUCAUAAUCGUCAUCAUCAUAAUCAUCGGCCAGCAACUACAUCAUCGAUAGCACAAGCUAAAGCCAAUAAUCUACCAGCGGCCAUGAUGACUGUGCCCGAAGUGAAGAAUGGCAUAUUCAUUGGAUCGUUACGAAGAAAUUCCGUCGCUGAAAAUGAAGAUGAAUACAAUGACGAAGAAGACGAUGAUGAAGAUGUUUAUAAUGGUGCUAAUUCACAUUCACAAAGUUGGCUAGAUCCCAGCAGAAAGCCAUUAUCUUCAUCGUCUUCGUCGAAGCAAGAAACUGAAAUCCAAGUGGUUUCGGUAGAUUUUCAAAAUUCCAAUAGUUCCGAAACAAUCUACAAUGAUGUCUUGGAAGAGGGCGACUAUACUGGCUGUGCUGGUGCUAAUGUAUCAAAUGUUUCCGUCGGAAGCUUACAAGACGACGAUCGUUCUGUGAUAUCUGAAGAGAAUAUCUACGAAAAAGCCGAUUCAGUUCGAUUAGAUCAAUCAGAAUCGAAGGGAAUCACUUUCAAGACAUUUACACCUGCAAAGAAUUAUCUCGAAACAAAUUUCGAUACUUCUCAGGAGGAACUGCUCGAUGAUUUUCCCACCGCUAGUUCGUCGAAAAAAUCCAGCGAUUUUUCCAGUCAGCAGAACAUUUCGAAGACCACACUGAUCUAUGAAGAUCCCUUCGAUCAUAUCCACCGAAAACAAACAAAGAAUUUCUCCGGCGAGAGUAUUGUUAUUCACAUCUCAGGAACUGAUAAUUCUAACAUUUCUGAUCGAUCAGUUGGUUACCCACCGAAACAAGAGCCCUCAGUAAGAGUUGAAGCAGCUGAAGAAAUCAUUGAUCAUUAUCAGAAAGAACCUUUAGGAAAUGCCAAGUGUACUUAUGAAAUCUUCAAAGAACUACAAAUGUCCAAGAACGAACCAACAAGUCCUGUUAAAAAAACUAUUUCAAGAAGUUCUUCAUUUUCUGAAGUUCACUACGGGAUCAGUACGAUCUGUGAAGAUCCUGAUCAGUCUCCGGAAUACAACAAAUAUCAAUCGUUUUCUUUCGAUCCUGAAGUCGAAAUGUACGACGAUGCUGAUAUGAUCUCUCCGGACAGUUCAAUACCCUAUCCGUUAAGAGUGAAGAUCAAUCCAUUUACCAGACAGAAAGAACUCUAUGCGGUAAACUUAGGACGGAUUUGGAAACAGUUGAAUCUAGGUCAGGGAGAUGAUCUUGAUAUGCGGGGAAAUUUCAAAAAGAAGAAUGAAUCUUUCAAGUCAAUGUCUUCACGAGAUUCUGGCUUCAGUUUGACUUUGACAAAACCGAAGAAUAUCUUCCGUAGGCGACAUGCUCCCGAGGGGAAUAAAGACUUUCGAUUUCAGCGGAAUUCAUCGAGAAAACGAAAGUCCCGAAGACAUCUAGCUCCAAUAGCUUCUCCCCUCGAGCUGAAUCCAACUCAAGAUCAUUUUGUCAAAGAGUUUGAAGAAUUCUGCAUGGCUCGUCGAAGACGGAUGAAAGCUCGAAAAGAGUACGCUGAUGAUACGUUCAAUCAGGAAAUCAAUGAUCUCGAGGCAUUUUUUGAGGAACAUUUGAAACGUCUUAAAGAAUACUAUCUUCAACGGAAGAAGAUCAAUGAUGCCACUCUUAGUGAAAUCUAUGCCGAUAUGUCACCCACCGAGCAAACUUUUGAAUUCCCUCAUCCCGACAAGAGAGUGACGAACAAUAAGAAAAAGUCGAAAUGUCUGUUUCAAGAGGUUCGAACUUUUAACGAUGAAGAUCAUCAUCAUGAAGAAGAUGCCUAUGCUAGUAUAGGAAAUCAUCGAGAUACUGAAGAUUUGUUUCACUAUCCGAAACAUUGGCGAAUGACUUCGCCGCGAAAACGGACUUUAGGGCGAGGUCGAAAUACUGGUCGGCGGUAUAAGAAAUCCGAUGCUUAUAAAUCCAGGAAGGAAAUCUCUUUGGCCAGUGUGUUCCCGUCUGUGUACGAUUCAGAUGCCAUAGCUUCGUCUGUCCAUCAUGGUGGACGGAGUAGAAGACAGUCAAAGCAAGUCCCACCGACAAAUCCCGAUGGAACGUGUUCGUAUUGCUUCAAGAGAAUGCGAGAUGCAUCGCGGCGGUGUUCGUCAAUUGCGAGCGAUGAGUUUAGCGAGCAGGAGUUUCUAUCGAAUUGUGAUGUUUGCUGGAAUUGUGAUAACCAUUUGGCAGAUUGUAUUUGUGCACCGACUCCGAGUACUGAUUACUGUUCCUGUCGGCAUGCUUUGUUGGCGGCGGCGAAUUCGGAAAGUCCGUGUGGUCGGAAGAAAAUUCGACGGAAAAAAUCGAAGCGAAAAGUUGGCAAGAAUCAUUCAACAUUGAGACGACGCUGCACAGGAAGUGAUAUCACACAAAAAGGAUAUGAAAAGAAACGAUCAAGACUGUUACAGCCAUACAUGACAAAAGGCAACCAAGGUGGCGGUGGUGGUGCUAAUAAUGCCGGUAAUGGAAGCAGUAAUAAUGGCGGCGUUGGUGGCGGUGGUGGUGGCGGUGGUGGAGUAGUUAACAUGCCACCCUACUACAAUCUAAAGGAUCAACAUCUGCAACAACAGACCGGAAAUGGUGGCAGUGGCAAUGGCGGAGUGCAAAUUUCUAGCGAAGGAUACAGUUAUGUGACUGAAGUUCCAUCCCUGCCAUCGUCCCACCAUCGACAUUCGAGUUCACACCACAAAUCCUCAUCGUCCCAUCAUCAUUCCGGAAGUGGAGGUGGUGGUGGCGGUGGUAAUAAUGGUGGUAGCCGAGAAAGUGGUGGCGGCGGCGGAGGAGGUGGCAGUAGUGGAGGCGGUGGUGGUGGUCAUCAUCAGAAUCGAACACGAAGGACACAACGAAGAGUUACCCACAACGAGAAGCGAUAUCAUUCAGCUGGACCACUUGCAUCAAAUGUAAAACGUUCAGGUGUUGACCUAAGCAGUCAGUUGGCAGCCCUGUCAGCUGAAAUAGCCGCCAAAUCAAAUUUCAAAGGAUGUCGUCCUUAUAAUAAAAAUGAGCAAAGCUCAAUACUACCACAAUCGCCAUUAUUGCAAACGCGCAAAUAUUCAGGUAGCGGUGGUAGUGCUGGCAAUAGCAGUGCUUCAUCCAGUAUGGAAAAACAAAAACAACAACAAGUGCCAUUAAAUUCGAGAACAUCUUCAGCGGCGGCGACUGCAACGACAGGUGUAACAUCUCCUUCACAUUCGAUUUUACAAACAUCUGCCAAUUUGCUGGCACCAAGUGCAAUUUUGGCAGCUGUCAAAUCGAUGCAAGGAAAUAAAGUAUCAAAAUCAGCAAGUGGCAAUAUAAAAACAACGACGACUACCAGCAACAAUAACAACAUCAAUAAUAAUGGUAAUAGCCGUAGCAAGUCAGAAUCACCAAGUGGUACAGUUCUAGGAGGAGUUGGUGGACAUACAGGAGGAGGUCCACCUGGUGGUGGACGAACAACCGGAUGUGUAGUAGGUAAUAGCGCUGAAAGAAUAACUGUCAAAUCUGAUCAAAGUAAGAAUGCCCAAAAUGUCAAUGCCAAUGCCAAUGCACAGUGCGCACAAAAUAAUCGACCCAGUCGACGCUUGGGAAGGCACGAAAGUCGCUACACAAGUGAAGUUAGACAGGAAGCGGUGCAACAAGCUCUGGCCGCUCUUAAGAAUCGGCCAAAGCCAAGUUUACCGAUGCCAUCGAAACGUAGUUCGGUUUUAAAUCGUAGUCCUGAUCGGGAUCAUGAUGAUACAGAUACAACAACCGAUGACGAAUCAAUACCAGAAGAAAGAAUUUCAACGCCAGACAGGGAAUACAAUUAUCCACGUGAUCAUAUAAAUAAUUCCAGAGAACAAAUUAUAAAACCACCAAUACGUGAUUCUUCAGUUGGUGGCGGUCAUAAGAAUUUUUCAGAUCGAAGACCACAACAAAAUUUACCUCCACCGCCACAUUCCGACACAUCGAGUGCAGGAUCACCGCCAGCUGUUCAUAGAAAAAACAAUUAUGAUUUUACUGAUAUAUCUGACUUCCAAAGACCAUAUGUGGCUCCCGAUAUAACCCAAUUUAAUAAUACUCGCCGUGGUGCUGAUCGCGUCACCCGCUAUGUCAAUAUAUCGCAAACCGAUGCUGGCGAUACCGGCACAGCAGGCAGAUGGAAAGUAUCAGCUAAAAUUCAACAGCUGCUGAAUACCCUGAAACGACCCAAACGUCGCCCCUUACCCGAAUUCUACGAAGACAAUGACAUCGAGCUGGAAAUUGCAGCAAAUCCAAAAGACCCAAAUGCACCUAAACCCGAAGGUAGCACAAUGUCAUCGGUUCAGGGUGAACAGCUAGCUGUUGCAGCUCAGCUGCCACGUUCAUUAGAAGCAGCACUACAACGUUUCGGUACAAAUUCAUUUAAAUCACCAAUGGCAACGGUCUUGGAUCCGAAUGGCAAAAUGACAACAACUCUAACAUAUGGCAAGCUGCUGUCGCGUGCACAAAAAAUUGCCUACGCUUUGACGACAAAGGUCUUUAGUAAGGGACCUGAGCAGAUAACACUUAAACCAGGUGAUCGUGUUGCAUUGGUUUAUCCAAAUAGUGAUCCGCUGAGUUUUAUAACAGCUUGGUAUGGUUGCAUGUUCCGUGGCUUGGUACCACUGCCAAUUGAACUGCCUCUGUCCAGUUCAGAUACACCACCACAACAAGUCGGAUUCCUGUUGAGUUCAUGCGGCAUUAGUGUCGCCCUAACAUCGGAAGCUUGUUUGAAAGGUCUUCCCAAAUCGUCGACCGGUGAAAUAGCCAAACUCAAAGGUUGGCCUAGACUUCACUGGUUUGUGACUGAACAUUUGCCAAAACCUCCGAAAGACUUUAAUGUUGGCAAUGUUCGGAUAGAAGAGAAUGCCAGUGCUUAUGUGGAAUAUACCAGUGACAAGGAAGGCAGUGUCAUGGGAGUAACAGUGACUCGUCAAGCUAUGAUGAAUCACUGCCGUGCUUUAACCAUGGCAUGCCACUAUACCGAAGGAGAGACAAGUGUCUGUGUGCUCGAUUUCAAGCGAGAAGUUGGCUUGUGGCAUGCAGUUCUGACUUCAGUACUGAAUGGCAUGCAUGUGCUAUUCAUUCCGUAUGCUCUUAUGAAGCAAAGACCAUCCUCUUGGAUGCAAUUGAUCACAAAACACCGAGCUUCGUGCUGUUUGGUGAAAAGUCGUGAUUUGCAUUGGGGUCUAUUGGCCACUAAAGAUCACAAAGACAUCUCAUUGUCAUCACUUCGUAUGCUUCUGGUGGCAGAUGGUGCAAAUCCUUGGUCACUCUCAUCGUGUGAUCAAUUUCUUAGCGUUUUCCAGUCGAAAGGUCUACGAUCUGAUGCAAUUUGCCCGUGCGCUAGUAGCUCUGAGGUAUUUACGGUAUCUCUACGACGUCCCGGACGUUCCUCGAGUGGAUUUACUCAAUCGGCUACCGGGCGAGGUGUUCUCUCGAUGGCUGCUCUGUCUCAUGGAGUGGUUCGUGUUGAUAGCGAAGAUUCACUUACAUCGCUAACCCUACAAGACUGUGGUCAAGUGAUGCCUGCAGCCCAAAUGGUUGUUGUGCGUUCUGAAGGCACUCCAGUUUUAUGCAAGACAGAUCAAGUUGGAGAGAUUUGUGUGACUAGUGGUGCCACUGGUACAGCCUAUUAUGGUCUCGAAGGACUGACAAAUACUACGUUUAAGGUCCAACCGCUUGUAGACGAUCCAGAUCCAAAAGAUCCCAACACUGGCAAACCUAUAUGCGAUGAAUUCUUUGUACGAUCGGGUCUUCUUGGUUUCCUAGGGCCUGGAGGUUUGGUAUUUGUAUGUGGUUCUCGAGAUGGACUGAUGACUGUAACCGGACGCAAGCACAAUGCCGAUGAUAUCAUUGCCACUGUAUUGGCUGUUGAACCUAUGCGAUUUAUCUAUCGUGGUCGUAUUGCAGUUUUUAGUAUCAAAGUUUUACGAGAUGAACGUGUUUGUGUGAUUGCUGAACAACGUCCUGAUUGUUCGGAAGAGGAGAGCUUCCAAUGGAUGUCGAGAGUAUUGCAAGCUGUCGAUUCAAUUCAUCAAGUUGGAAUUUAUUGUUUGGCUUUGGUGCCACCAAAUCAUUUGCCCAAAACACCACUCGGUGGUAUACAUUUGUGUGAGGCUAGACGUCGUUUCCUUGAGGGUUCUUUGCAUCCGGCUAAUGUUUUGAUGUGCCCACAUACUUGUGUAACAAAUUUGCCUAAACCAAGGGAAAUACAUCAAGCAGUGCAACCAACAACAACUAGUAGUAGCUUAUCUGGAUGUGGUAUUACAGACACAUCAGUUGGACCGGCCUCAGUAAUGGUUGGCAAUCUGGUGCAAGGCAAUCGAUUGGCAAUGGCUCAAGGACGUGAUAUUGGUUUGUCAGAGGAUAGCGAGAGGAAGCAUCAACUUAUAACAGGAGUUUUAAGAUGGCGUGCAAACUCUGCACCUGAUCAUGUAUUGUACACCCUGCUUAAUUCAAAAGGUGCUGUUGCUAAAACACUUACCUGCUCUGAGCUGCAUAAACGUGCUGAAAAAAUUGCUGCUCUUCUACAAGAAAGAGGAAAGAUUGAACCUGGUGAUCAUGUUGCUCUAAUCUUUCCACCUGGUUUGGAUUUAAUUUGUGCAUUCUAUGGCUGUUUAUAUUUGGGUGCUGUGCCAAUCACUAUACGCCCACCACACCCACAAAAUCUCAUUACAACAUUGCCAACGGUGCGAAUGAUUGUCGAUGUAUCAAAGAGCGGUAUUGUCCUGUCGAUUCAAUCCAUCAUCAAAUUGCUGAAGUCUCGUGAAGCUGCCGCUUCAAUAGAUCCCAAAAGUUGGCCGCCCAUCUUGGACAUUGAUGAUAAUCCAAAACGUAAAUUAGCUGCUGUAGCCAAUUCAACUCUCGACUCGACGGCGUAUUUGGACUUUAGUGUAUCAACAUGUGGUCGAUUGAGUGGAGUCAUUAUUACCAAUAGAUCCCUUUCGAGUGUGUGUGCCAGUUUGAAGCUCGCCUGUGAAUUAUAUCCAUCACGCCAUGUGGCACUCUGCCUAGACCCUUACUGCGGUCUUGGUUUCGCGAUGUGGACUCUGAUCAGUGUCUACAGUGGUCAUCAUUCGAUUCUAAUCGCACCCUAUGAAGUCGAAGCAAAUCCUAGUCUCUGGUUGUCUACCCUAUCUCAGUACAGAGUUCGUGAUACCUUCUGCUCGUAUGGAGUCAUCGAGCUCUGCACGAAGGCACUUAGCAAUUCAAUACCAGCACUUAAACAGAGAAACGUUGAUCUGCGCUGCGUACGAACAUGUGUGGUAGUGGCUGAGGAACGUCCUCGUGUCCAGCUAACCCAACAGUUCUGCAAGCUAUUCCAAGCUCUUGGACUGAAUACACGAUGUGUUUCGACAUCGUUUGGUUGUCGAGUUAAUCCAGCGAUUUGCGUUCAAGGUGCCAGUUCAGCGGAGAGUGCGCAAGUUUAUGUGGACCUUAGAGCGUUGCGCAACAAUCGGGUGGCUCUGGUGGAACGAGGUGCGCCCAAUUCAUUGUGUCUAAUUGAAUCGGGCAAACUGUUACCAGGUGUGAAGGUUAUAAUUGCUAACCCAGAGACAAAAGGUCACUGUGGAGAUUCACAUUUGGGUGAAAUAUGGGUGCAAUCACCUCAUAGCGCUAAUGGAUACUUCACCAUUUAUGGUGACGAAACCGACUACAAUGAUCAUUUCAAUGCCAAAUUAGUUACCGGUGCAACGACUGAAGUAUACGCCCGCACUGGUUAUUUAGGAUUCUUGAGACGCACCGAAUGCUCUCAAGCCGUAUCGAUUUUGGACGAAACAACUCCCAGUAUUGCCAGUCGAGAUAGUGACACAGAAUCGUUACACUCGAUGAGCCAAUUACAACAUAAUUUAUCAUCGAUUUCGAUUGGUAACCAAUCGGGUAGUGGGACAAAUAAUCAAGAUCAAGAGCUACACGAUGCUGUUUAUGUGGUUGGAGCAUUAGAUGAAGUUAUAACAUUGCGAGGCAUGAAUUAUCAUCCGAUUGAUAUUGAAAAUUCUGUGUUACGGUGUCAUAAGAAGAUUGCCGAAUGUGCUGUAUUUACAUGGACAAAUCUACUAGUCGUAGUUGUUGAAUUAGAUGGCAACGAAUCAGAAGCUCUGGACUUGGUACCAUUGGUUACGAACACAGUUUUGGAAGAACAUCAAUUGAUUGUUGGUGUGGUUGUUGUUGUGGAUCCAGGUGUGGUCCCAAUCAAUAGUCGUGGUGAAAAACAACGUAUGCACUUACGAGAUGGUUUCCUAGCAGAUCAAUUGGAUCCCAUUUAUGUUGCAUAUAAUAUGUAAAUAUAAACAAAAAACAAA